AUGCAUCCGCACUCUUUGUUAAACUCAGAAUUUCCAAUUCAUUGGGCAACCAGUACCGGAGAUCAAAGGGUCAUCAAAUAUCUUAUAGAUAUAAACCCCAGUUCGGUCGAUCUCCAGAACUUUUGUGGAGAUACUGCUCUCCACCUUGCGGCAAGGUACGGACAUGGUACGAUUGCGGAGUUGCUUAUGGAUAAGGGUGCGGAUAUCGAUAAGAAGAACAACUUCCUUAAAACUCCGCUUCAGUAUGCAGCAAAAAAGGGAUGUGUAUCUGUAGUAGAGCAGCUAAUUAAGAGGGGGGUCAAUAUUGAGGAUUCGGAUUAUCAAGGCUCGAAAGCGCUCCACAAAGCAGCACAGGGUGGCUCCGAAAACAUUGUUAAGAUUCUUUUAGAGAGCGGAGCCAGUAUCAAUAAUCGCGGAAACUCUGAUAGAACAGAACUUCAUUUUGCGGCCCAGUUUGGCUCUGAUACUAUGGUCGAAAUGCUGCUGCAAAAUGGUGGUAAAGUGAAUACAAGAGACAAAUAUGGCGAUACACCACUUCAUAAAGCUGCAGAGAGAAACGACAAAUCAAUUGCAAGUCUGUUGCUAGAUAAAAACGCUGAUAUCAACCUCAAGAACGAAUUGGGGUAUGCGCCGGUUCAUACAGCAGUAGAACUAAGGUCUAUAGAGGUUUUAGCCUUACUGGUCGACAACGGCGUCGAUCUAAAUGCUCAGAGUUUUUAUGGAGAUACUGUUAUGCACUUGGCAGUUUUCAAUAGGGAUACAGAGAUGAUGAGCUUACUUCUGAGAAUGGGUGCUGAAAGGGACAUCGAAGAUAUCAUGGGGGCAACACCACUCGACUGGGUCAAGAGCUGGGCGUUUCAUGAUUAUGGCGAAGCUCCCUGA